UCUCCGUCGCUAAAAAAUAUAAAGCAGAGAGCUAUAAAGAGUGAGAGAGAGAGAUUCUGAUUGGGCCUUCGUUUACUUUUUUGGCUUUUUUUUAAAGAACGACGUCGUUCGAUACUGAUUUUCCAGCUCGUUCCGGGUCGGACACGUUAACGACGUGCGCAACCCUUCGAUGAGUGUCAGUGACUCGGCGGCCAAGGCCGAGUUGACUCAGGCCGAGGUCUACGCUCCUAGGUCGCUUCAGCUAUGGCGGACACUCCUCAACUGGCUCGCUUUCUUCUUCCAGAUCUUUCUUCAGAUCCUCCGAGGCACGCCGUCCGUGACUCAAGUCCUCUCUUACGUCGGCCUCCGCCACCAUUCUCUUCUCCCUUCUUCUCCUUCCUUCAAGCCCCUUCCGGUCGUCGAGUUGCCGGAGCUUGAGCCGCCUCCGGACUCCGUGCAGAUCAACGCAACCGACGGUACCGACUCCGCCGCGGCUGCGGUCGAUCGGCCUGCAGAGAAGUUCACGGUGGUUCUUGAUUUGGAUGAAACUCUAGUAUGUGCAUAUGAGACAUCCAGCCUGCCUGCCUCCAUUCGUAAUCAAGCAAUAGAAUCUGGUUUGAAGUGGUUUGAGCUAGAAUGUGUAUCUUCAGACAAGGAAUGUGAAGGAAAACCAAAGGUCAACUAUGUUACAGUGUUUGAACGUCCAGGACUGCGAGAAUUCUUAAAACAACUUAGUGAAUUUUCAGAGCUCGUGCUCUUUACUGCUGGUCUUGAAGGUUACGCAAGGCCUCUUGUUGACAGAAUAGAUGUGGAAAAUCUGUUUAGUCUUAGACUAUAUCGGCCUUCAACAAUUAGCACGGAAUACCGGGAGCAUGUGAAAGAUCUUUCUUGCCUAUCAAAGGAUCUCUGCCGAAUAGUUAUUGUUGAUAACAAUCCAUUCAGUUUCUUACUGCAGCCUCUGAAUGGAGUUCCAUGCAUUCCAUUUUCUGCAGGACAACCAAACGAUGGACAGGUACAAAGCAUUGCAUUGAUUAAAUUCCAGUGCCUAUUCAUAUUGUUUAAUUCUUUACUCACUACUCUUCUGAUGUCUUUCAUUGAUCAAUCAGCUUUUGGAGGUACUCCUUCCAUUACUGAAGCAUCUUUCUCAGCAGAACGAUGUGAGACCUGUGCUCUAUGAUAGGUUCCGCAUGCCUGAAUGGUUUCAAAAGCAUGGAAUCCCUGCUUCUGGUUGGACAGUAUAGAAUAAAAAUCGUACACAAUGAAGGCUACCUUUCCCCUCAUAAGGCACCUGAAAGGUUAUAUUUUUUUCGCGAUCACAACACACCUUCAACUCUUCAUUGGGCUCACAACCUUCUCUGUAUAGCACGAAUUUGUACACAGGAGCCAUUGGCAAAAACCCCAAAUUCCCAGAGUUCGAUCUUAGAGAUCUUAACAGCUGCAUUUCUGUCAUAUAUAAGUAGCAACCAAUGUGUAUCUAGAAUUGUUACAAAACCUGAUUCUCAUCUAGGUUUGUUUAUAUGCUUGCAAUCCUGUUGGAUCUUAAAUUACGUUUCGAAAUUCUGUAACCUGUUAGACCAAUAAUCAUUUGUUGUUUAUUCAAA